UAUGGCAGCAGCCAAACUUCUGCAUGACUCUGGCCUAAAUGUGGUGGUUCUAGAAGCCCGGGACCGCGUGGGAGGCAGGACUUACACCCUUAGGAACCAAAAGGUUAAAUAUGUGGACCUUGGAGGAUCCUAUGUUGGGCCAACCCAGAAUCGUAUCUUAAGAUUAGCCAAGGAGCUGGGAUUGGAGACCUACAAAGUAAAUGAAGUUGAACGUCUGAUCCACCAUGUAAAGGGCAAAUCAUACCCCUUCAGAGGCCCAUUCCCACCAGUGUGGAAUCCAAUUACCUACUUAGAUCAUAACAACUUUUGGAGGACAAUGGAUGACAUGGGGCAAGAGAUUCCCAGUGAUGCCCCAUGGAAGGCACCCCUUGCAGAAGAGUGGGACCACAUGACAAUGAAGGAGUUGCUAAACAAGAUCUGCUGGACUGAAUCUGCAAAGAAUCUUGCCACUCUCUUUGUGAACCUUUGUGUUACUGCAGAGACUCAUGAGGUCUCUGCUCUCUGGUUCCUGUGGUAUGUGAAACAGUGUGGGGGCACAACUAGAAUCAUCUCAACGACCAAUGGAGGACAGGAGAGGAAAUUUGUGGGAGGAUCUGGUCAAGUGAGUGAGCGAAUAAUGGAGCUCCUUGGGGACCGAGUAAAGCUAGAGAGACCUGUGAUCCACAUUGACCAAACAGGAGAAAAUGUCCUCGUGGAGACCCUAAACCACGAAACAUAUGAGGCAAAAUAUGUGAUCAGCGCUAUUCCACCCAUUCUGGGCAUGAAGAUUCACUUCAACCCACCUCUGCCAAUGAUGAGAAACCAGCUGAUCACUCGUGUGCCUUUGGGUUCAGUCAUCAAGUGCAUCGUUUAUUAUAAGGAGCCCUUUUGGAGGAAAAAUGAUUACUGUGGAACCAUGGUUAUUGAAGGAGAGGAAGCUCCAAUUGCCUACACACUGGAUGAUACCAAACCUGAUGGCAACUAUGCUGCUAUCAUGGGAUUUAUCCUUGCUCACAAAGCAAGAAAAUUGGCACGUCUUAACAAAGAAGAAAGGCUGAGGAAACUGUGUGAGCUCUAUGCAAAAGUUCUGGGCUCCCAGGAAGCUCUGAAGCCAGUGCACUAUGAAGAGAAGAACUGGUGUGAGGAGCAGUACUCUGGAGGCUGCUACACAACCUACUUCCCCCCUGGGAUCAUGACUCAAUAUGGAAGGGUUCUACGCCAGCCAGUGGGCAGGAUUUUCUUUGCUGGCACUGAGACUGCCACACACUGGAGUGGCUACAUGGAGGGGGCUGUGGAAGCUGGGGAGAGAGCAGCCCGAGAGAUCCUGCAUGCCAUAGGGAAAAUUCCAGAAGAUGAAAUCUGGCAGCCAGAACCAGAGUCUGUGGAUGUCCCUGCACGACCCAUUACCACGACCUUCUUGGAGAGACACUUGCCCUCCGUGCCAGGCCUGCUAAGGCUGAUUGGAUUGACAACCAUCUUUUCAGCAGCAGCUCUUGGCUUCUUGGCCUACAAAAGGGGGUUAUUUGUGCGUGCCUAACAGGAUCUGUAACCACACCCUCUUCUUACUCUAUAUGGGAUAUGAGCUUGGGGAAGGGAUUGCAAUAAAAUUCUACAAAGACAUAAAGAAUGCUGAAUGAGUUGGGGAGCAGGAGAAUAAGUCAGACCCCAAGAAACAGUGUAUCUUUCUUUGUGUUGGCCCCUGGCUAGCAUCCCUUACCUAGCUUAGCCCCCUGCCCCAACCAUUUCCAAGUUUAUUGCCCUUAGAAUCUUUAGAAUGAUAGAUUUGUUUAAGGUCCUUGCUUUCCCACUAUAUACCUUGCCCAUAUGCACGUAGCUAGUUUUUGCCCAUCUAUGUGGCUUUCUGCUUGUCCUUCUUUAUGCCUAUAAUAUCCUCCCUUUACCAAGUUCUCUGCAUUUGUCCUUAGAAUCCUGUAUUGUUAUAGUUGGAAAACCCUAGAGACCAUGUAAUUUUCAUCUUCUGUUUUAGAACUGAGUAAAUCAAAGUUGUCAGAAGUGGAACUAAUUGCCCAAGAUCCACAAUAAACCACUGGUAUUUGGGUGACUGGAACACAGGUUCAAUGCUUUUCCCAUCUCCCAAGAUGAAUUCUCCAAUUGUCCUCUUGCCCGCCCCUGCCAUCAUUGCUAAUGGUGUCCCGUGUGGGGGUGUACUCUGUACUAUGUUGUAUUGUGCAGCUCCAAUGCUAUUCAGUAUAUACCCUUAAGCAUUGAUGUCUUGUUCACUGUCUCCAGCUGACUUUAAUUUUUUGAGAGUAGGAAUCUUGUCUUUGUCUUUCUUUUGUAUCCUCCAUUAUGUCUCCACACAAAGAUCAGUACACACUUCAGUAAUUAAAAAUAAAGCUGAUUGAGCAGA